AUGACUAGUAGAACUAUCGCAGGGGAAACUCCUUUCUCAAUGGCCUACAAGAUUGAAGCGGUCCUUCUGGUCGAGAUAUCCGUUCCAACUAGCCGAGUGACACGGUAUGAAGAGGAUAAGAACACCGAGCGAAUGGGUUUAGAGCUCGACCUAUUAGAAGAAAAGCGUAUAGACGCACAGUUAAGACUCGCUGCGUAUCAUGCUAUGACUACUAGAUAUUACAAUCAGAAGGUCAACCAAAAGCGAUUCAGAGUGGGAGACCUUGUCCUGCGAGUAGUGACCCAAACACUAAGCCCAAGAAUUCUAGCGCCCUAA